GGUCCUCUGAGCUGCUACCAAAGAACAACAAGCAGAACCUGUAUUUUGAAGUUUUUCUCCCUCUGUCUUUUCUCUUUCUCUGUUCACUCCUCUUUUUUUUUUUAAACUUCCCUCUAUUGCUGUUUGCUCAACUCCCACUCACAAUUCCCUCCCUCCUCUUCCUCUCCACUUCACUCUUACUCUAGCUUCAGCAGGGCCGGACCACUGUCUCCCUCCUCUGUGUGAAUCUGUCAGGGAAGCAGUGUGUAUGUGUGUGUGUGCGCAUGCCACUUCUUUUUAAACUUACAGCACUCUUUUGGAGCGGUGGGCAGGCUUUUUCAGAGUGUGAGAGAGGAGAGGAGACCCCUGUGGCGCUGUGAUUUGACUAAACAAACAGCCGGGCUUCAGAACGGUACCUCCUCCUGCAUACUCCCGGGACAGCAGAGAUUAACCUCAGACUCUGAACAUCUGAGGGAUCUAUACAUCUGAGGCAGCAGCCCCUGUAGAGACAACCAGCUGGAAACCUCUCCUCUGAUUUCAGAAGGAGGAGACCGACUGCUGGCCGGCAACCUCCUCGGACAGAGAGGGAAGACUCGUCUGUGCUUCUAGGAUCACUCUGAAGCAGAACAAAGUGCAUUGAAGGCGGCCACCUUUAGGACGGUGAUGGCGUCCAAGCUCCAUCUGACAGUCACGGUUACAGCAGCGCUGCUGUAUUUCUGCACCGAGCUCUGCUGUCUGGAGAUCACACCCAGUGACAAAGAGCUCGUCCUUACUGAGGGCUCUUCUCUCACCCUCACCUGCUCCGGCUCGGGGGAAACGACGUGGGAGUUCAAAAGAGACGAUGUGCCGUACUUCCAAGUUCAAAAUGGUGGGCAAAGCUAUGAAAUCGUGCAAAGCAGUUCCACGUCCAGUGUUUUGAAGUUGAAGGACGUGAGUUGGAGGCACACAGGGGUGUAUCAGUGCAUUGAUCAACACAAUGGAGAGACUAAGGAGGUGGCUGUUUUUGUUCCAGACCCUGAUAUGUGGUUCAUAGAGAGCUCCCAUGGCAUGGUAACAAAGACCAGUGAGGAGAGCACCAUCCCCUGUGUGGUCACCAAUCCCAGCAUCAAUGUCACCCUAUAUGAGAGGGACACCGAUCUGCCCAUCAGUGGGCAUUAUGUCCCCAGUGAGGGGUACAAGGCACUGCUGGAGGACAGGAACUACGUGUGCCGUGGAGAGCUGAACGGGGAGGUGAAAGAGUCUCAGUCCUUCUACGUCUUCAGCAUUGUUGUCCCAGAGGCCAUUGACGCCUACAUCAAUGCGUCAAAGACCGUCCUGAAGCAGGGCGAACCGCUGACAGUAAACUGCACGGUGCACGGAGUGGAGCUGGUGUUUUUUUCCUGGGAUAUCCCCAACAGAGAGAUUAUUAACGUCGAGCCGCUGACAGACGUCCUGCCCGACAUGAGCAUGCACUCCUGCCUGAUCUUCCCUAGGGCCACGAUUGCCCACAGCGGAAACUACAUCUGCCAUGUCCACGAGGAUAUCCAAGGCCAGAGUGCCUCUGCCAGCAUCAACAUCACCGUGCUCGAGCGAGGUUUCGUGGAUGUGAAAGUUCCUCAGCAUCAAAACAUUUCUGCAAAGCUCCAAGAGAACGUGGAGCUGAGAGUGGAGAUUGAAGCCUACCCUACCCCUCAGGUCCGCUGGAUCAAAGAUGGCGCCACCAUCAAGGGAGACAAACCCAUCACAACCAGACAAGAGCAUGAGAUCAGGUAUGUUACUAUUCUCACCUUGGUGAGGGUGAGAACGGAGCAGAAGGGCCUUUACACUGUCCUUGUCACAAACGGAGAUGACACAAAGGAGGUGACCUUUGACCUGGAGGUCCAAGUUCCCUCUCAGAUUAAAGACCUGACUGACCACCCCCUGCCUGGGAAGAGACACAUGGUGACCUGCGUAGCCGAGGGGGUCCCAACCCCAACUAUCCAGUGGUACAGCUGUGACAGCAUGCACAAGUGUAGCAACCAGACAGCGAUGUGGCAGCUGCUGACACCGGAGCCAGAGGUGCUGAGCAUCCAGACCAACGCCAGCUACAGCAAGACUCGUAAAACCAGCCAGGUGCGGAGCCAGGUGACCUUCCACAAGCUCCAGCACGUCACGGUGCGCUGUGAGACCACCAACCAAGCAGGACUCUUUGACAGAAGAGACGUCAAACUGGUGUCCAGCACGCUGUACUCCCAGGUGGCAGUAUUGGCUGCUGUUCUAGCCUUGGUGGCCAUCAUUAUCAUAUCCAUCAUCAUCCUCAUUGCUGUGUGGAGGAAGAAACCUCGCUACGAGAUCAGGUGGAAGGUGAUAGAAUCUGUGAGCCAGGACGGUCAUGAGUACAUCUAUGUGGACCCCAUCCACCUGCCCUAUGACCUGGCCUGGGAGAUGCCGCGAGACAACCUGGUGCUGGGUCGCACUCUUGGAUCAGGAGCCUUUGGCAGAGUGGUGGAGGCAACCGCAUAUGGUCUCACUCAUUCCCAGUCCAGCACAAAGGUGGCUGUGAAAAUGCUGAAAUCUACAGCCAGGAGGAGUGAGACUCAGGCUCUGAUGUCAGAGUUAAAGAUCAUGAGUCACCUGGGUCCUCACCUCAACAUCGUCAACUUGCUGGGAGCUUGCACCAAACAUGGCCCUCUGUACCUGGUGACCGAGUACUGUCGCUAUGGCGAUCUGGUGGACUACCUGCACAGGAACAAGCACACCCUCCUGCAGUACUACGCUGAGAAAAACCAAGACGACAGCUGCCUCAUCUCUAGAGGAAGCACUCCGCUGAGCCAGAGGAAAGGCUACGUGUCCUUUGGAAGUGAGAGUGAUGGAGGAUACAUGGACAUGAGUAAAGAUGAGCCCUCACUCUACGUGCCCAUGCAGGAGCAGAUUGACACCAUCAAGUAUGCGGACAUCCAGCCGUCCCCAUAUGAGUCUCCCUACCAGCAGGACAUCUACCAGGAGCAAGGUGGCGGCAGAUUGGACCUGGCCAUCAGUGACUCUUCUGUUCUCACCUAUGACGACCUGUUGGGCUUCAGCUACCAAGUUGCGAAGGGGAUGGAGUUCCUUGCCUCCAAGAAUUGCGUCCAUCGUGACCUCGCUGCCCGUAAUGUGUUGAUCUGCGAGGGCAAGCUGGUGAAGAUCUGCGACUUCGGCCUGGCCAGAGACAUCAUGCAUGAUUCCAACUACAUCUCCAAAGGCAGCACCUUCCUGCCCCUGAAGUGGAUGGCACCAGAAAGUAUUUUCCAUAAUUUGUACACCACCCUGAGCGACGUGUGGUCAUAUGGCAUUCUUCUUUGGGAGAUUUUCACACUGGGAGGAACCCCCUACCCUGAUUUGCCCAUGAAUGAGUUGUUCUACAGCGCUUUGAAGAGAGGCUACCGAAUGGCCAAACCUGUCCAUGCCUCGGAUGACGUUUACGAGAUCAUGAAGAAGUGCUGGGACGAGAAGUUUGAGAAGAGGCCUGAGUUCUCCUUCCUGGUCCACAGUGUGGGGAACAUGUUGGCAGACAGCUAUAAAAAGAAAUACAACCAAGUCAACGACAACUUCCUAAAGAGUGACCACCCUGCAGUCGCCCGCACCAAACCCAGACUCUCCUCACCCUUUCCGAUCGCCAACCCAGCAUUUGGCUCCCCAUCUCCCCCCUACAUCCCCCCGGACCCCUACAACCAGAGCCCGAGCCCCAGGGAAUUCACACAAGAGGCAGACACACAGGAAGUCAUAACUUCGUACAACGAAUACAUCAUUCCCAUCCCAGACCCCAAGCCGGAGGAUGUUUUCACUGACGUGCCGUCAGAAAGCCCUGCAAGCUCUCUGGUUCUGGAGGAGGAGACUGACUCCCUGUCGCAGGACACUGCUGACACCCUCCCAGAGGAGGACAGGCUGGAGGAGACCAGCGAGAGAGACGCUCUGCUGGGAUCUUCUGGGACGCCCGAGGUAGAAGACAGUUUCUUGUAGCCACAUGUAGAAACCCUGAGAGAACAUCCUCUUUUCUGGGAAUUGUUUUUUUUUUUCUAAGCUGCCUGAAAAGAGGAACGUGAUUAAACAAGAAUGUAGCAAAAUUGAGACUGAGAAGGCAAUCUUUGUAUUUCCACUAAGCACUCGAAAAGUUUUGCCCUACUUUUGAGAUUUGAAUCAAACUUAGUACCUCUGAAACGACAAAACGGUUACAAAUAACUAGCAUGAUGUUAUGAUCCAGUCUUUCAUUGGAGGCUUGACAUAAUACAAAUACGGUACUCGCCUAUAGAAUCAGUUUACAGUAACUAAACAUGUGUUUACUGUACUUUCUAUCAUAGCCAGAGACCCAUGAGGCCUUAUGAGAUAUGUGCUUUUUUCUUUUUAUCUUAGAAACAUUUUGCCAUGUGCCUCUUUUUGGCUCUUACCCCCUUUACUGUUAGCAACCAGAGUAGAUUUUUAGAAAAGCGGGUAUUAUUUGUUUUAUUUUGUUUUGUUAAAUGAGAAAAUGUAUUUGUUUUGAUAACACAAUAUGAUUAACACAACAAUAUAAACAAACACUACACAAAUAUACAUCAAAAAAAUAAAAAUAAACAAGAACCACAUGCCAUUCCCAUAUUAGUGGGAAUCAUUAACAUUAUGUCCUAAACCACAAUAAUGGAAAGUUAAUAAUUCAAUUAAAACCUAAGUACGACCAACAGCUGUAUUCACUGAAUUAUAAUAUUUUUGUAAAAUGUUAUUUCCAGGAUAUGAAAUACAGAAUCUACAUGCACUGUUUUACUAUGACAGAUACUUUCUUUUUAGUUACAUAUGCCAUAGUGUCAGACACUUCUUUCUUUUCUUUCUUUUUGUGUGUGUGAGGAUUAUAUGAAAUGUGUCGUUUGUGAAUUUUGAAUACUUGUUUAUGUAGAUUUAAUUCAUAGUUCUGUGCCAGACUUGCACUUUAUUUAGAAAAAUGUGGAUAUUCAUAAUGAAGACAUAUGUAUACAGUAAUGAUGGAAUAGUUCCUCUGAGAAUCAACUUUUGACCUAAACACAUGGCUGUUGCAGUAAAUCAGUUUCUGUGACAACAGGUGACUCAAGUGAACUAAUGAAACACAGCAUAUCACUGCCUUAGCACAAGAUGGCACACAUCAGUGCCUUUGUAUAGACUGACAGAUUUUUAUCUCGCAGCUUUUGUCGCUUGCCGAUCCGAAGGGCUACCGUACUUAUGACACCUAGAUAGCCAUAUGUGUACAUGUAAAGAAUGAUGCUUUUAGUUUUCUGCUGCACUGUAUAGCAUCCACUCACACAAUGUUUCAGCUGUCAGUAUUAUAGUGUUGACGAUAGUCCACCAUAUGAAACUACACUUUGUCAUUUUCUGUAGCAAUUUAAAAUGCACAUGAUCACUGUAUCACAAGCUAUGGUACCAAAGCUCCCUUAACGUUUACAAAUGUAUUUUUUAUAUGUGACAUUUUAUAUGUUGUAAAUGUGACAAUAAAUGUGUAUUAUCGUAGCA